AUGCGCGCCCUCUCCCUUGCCAGCCUCAUUGGCAUUGCUAGUGCGGCGUGUCCGUACAUGACCGGUGAGCUUGAACGUCGCGACACAGGAACCGACGAUGCCACCGCCGCGACAGAGGAAUUCUUGUCCCAGUACUAUAUGGCCGACAAUGACACAUUCCUGACCUCCGACGUGGGCGGCCCUAUUGAGGAUCAGAACAGCCUUCAAGUCGGAGACCGCGGCCCGACAUUGCUGGAGGAUUUCAUCUUCCGACAGAAGAUCCAGCGCUUCGAUCACGAACGUGUUCCUGAACGUGCAGUCCACGCUCGCGGUGUUGGUGCCCAUGGUGUCUUCACCUCGUACGGUGACUACUCUAACAUCACUGCUGCCUCGUUCCUUGGAGCUGAGGGCAAGGAGACUCCGGUUUUCGUGCGAUUCUCGACUGUUGCGGGUAGCCGUGGUAGUUCGGAUUUGGCUCGCGAUGUUCAUGGCUUUGCGACUCGUUUCUACACUGAUGAGGGUAACUUCGAUAUUGUUGGCAACAACAUUCCCGUCUUCUUCAUCCAGGACGCUAUUCUUUUCCCUGAUCUCAUCCACGCUGUCAAGCCUCGUGGUGACAAUGAGAUCCCUCAGGCUGCCACUGCCCAUGACUCUGCUUGGGACUUCUUCAGCCAGCAGCCCAGUUCCCUGCACACCCUGCUCUGGGCCAUGUCCGGCCAUGGUAUCCCGCGCUCUCUUCGCCACGUCGAUGGCUUUGGUAUCCACACCUUCCGCUUCGUCACUGACAACGGUGACUCCAAGCUCGUCAAGUUCCACUGGAAGUCCCUGCAGGGUAAGGCCAGCAUGGUCUGGGAAGAAGCGCAGCAGGUCUCUGGCAAGAACCCCGACUUCAUGCGCCAGGAUCUCUUCGAAGCGAUCGAGGCGGGCAGAUACCCUGAGUGGGAGCUCGGUGUUCAAAUCAUGGAUGAGGAAGACCAGCUGAAGUUUGGCUUCGAUCUGUUUGAUCCCACCAAGAUCGUCCCCGAGGAAUACGUGCCAAUCACCAAGCUGGGCAAGAUGACUCUCAACCGCAACCCUCGCAACUACUUUGCCGAGACUGAGCAGGUCAUGUUCCAACCUGGCCACAUCGUCCGUGGUGUUGACUUCACCGAGGAUCCUCUUCUCCAGGGCCGUCUCUUUUCGUACCUCGACACCCAGUUGAACCGUCACGGCGGACCCAACUUCGAGCAGCUGCCCAUCAAUCAGCCUCGCGUGCCUGUGCACAACAACAACCGCGAUGGAGCCGGCCAGAUGUUCAUCCCCCUGAACCCCAACGCCUACUCUCCGAACACCCUCAACAAGGGCUCUCCUAAGCAGGCCAACCAGACUGUGGGCAAGGGCUUCUUCACGGCUCCUGGACGCGAGUCUACUGGCCGUUUCACCCGUGCCGUCAGCCCGUCCUUCGAGGACGUCUGGUCGCAGCCGCGUCUGUUCUACAACUCACUUACUCCCGCCGAACAGCAGUUCGUCGUCGAUGCUAUUCGUUUUGAGAACUCCAACGUCAAGAGCUCGGUCGUACGCAACAAUGUCAUCAUCCAGCUGAACCGCGUGUCCAACGACCUCGCCCGCCGCGUCGCUCGCGCUAUCGGCGUUGAGGAGCCUGAGGCUGACCCGACCUACUACCACAACAACAAGACCACUGACGUUGGCACUUUCGGACAGAAGCUGAAGAAGCUCGAUGGACUGAAGGUUGGCUUCCUGGCUUCGGUUGAGACCCCUGCCUCCAUCGAGGCAGCCUCUGAGCUCAGCAAGCAGCUUUCUGAGGACGGCGUUGAUGUUGUCGUCGUUGCGGAGCGUCUGUCCGAUGGCGUUGAUCAGACUUACUCCGGAUCGGAUGCCAUCCAGUUCGAUGCUGUGAUCGUCGCGCCCGGCGCUGAGGGUCUUUUCUCUACUUUCUCCUUCACUGCGCCUAGCAAUGCCACCUCCUCGUCCACUCUGUUCCCGGCCGGCCGGCCCCUGCAGAUUGUCAUCGAUGGAUUCCGUUUCGGAAAGCCUGUUGGUGCCGUCGGCAGCGCCGCUACUGCGCUCAAGAACGCCGGUAUCCAGACUUCUCGCGACGGUGUGUACGUCGACAAGUCGGUGACUAGUGGAUUCGUCGAUGGUAUCAAGGACGGUCUUCGCACUUUCAAGUUCCUUGACCGUUUCAAGCUGGACCAUUAA